AUGCUCUCCAAAUUGGUUCAUUCUGCACGUGAGUGCUCCAUCUUGAGCGCUAUCUCUUUAUGUGUCAUCCUCGCCGCAGCAACUCCUGCGGCGAGCGCAAGCAUCACCGCCAAGCAUACGCUCACAACAAAUGGAGCGGGAUUUUUUCCAUAUUACCGAAUUGUUGCCUUGGCGAAUUUGGGCAAUGGUAUCCUCCUGGCAUCAUACGAUGGGCGCCCAGAUGGAGGAGAUUCACCAUCCCCGAACUCAAUUAUGCAACAACGCAGUACGGAUGGUGGUGAAACUUGGGGCGAGCCGACCUAUAUUGCCCAAGGUCAACCUAAGACAUCUGCACUCCAACAAUACGGAUUUAGUGACCCAAGCUAUGUGGUUGACUCCAAGACUGGAAAGGUUUUCAAUUUCCAUGUCUUCUCGAAGAACCAGGGAUUCGCCAAUAGUGCGAUCGGAAAUGACGACACCAACUUGAAUAUACUGAGCGCUGAGGUUUCUGUUUCCACCGAUGGAGGAAUUAGCUGGACCACCGAUCCGGACCAUCAAUCCUCUUUACCUCCUGUUGCAUCUGCCAAUGUUGGUGCCCCUCCACUAAUUACGAAAGCAAUCAAACCGGUGGGUAGUACUGUCAACGGCGUAGCCAACGUCGGUGGAAUCGCCGGCCUAUUUGCCUCAUCCGGAGAAGGAAUUCAACUCAAAUAUGGCACACAUGCUGGGCGCCUGGUUCAACAAUUUCUCGGCAAGGUCGUCCAAUCGGACGGUUCAAAGGUAUCGCAAGCCUACAGCGUCUACAGUGACGACAGUGGCGCUACAUGGAAGAUGGGAAAGGUUGUGGGCACCGGUAUGGAUGAGAACAAAGUGGUGGAACUUUCCAAUGGCAAUUUGAUGCUGAACUCACGCCCAAGUGAUGGUAGCGGAUAUCGAAAGGUCGCAACCUCAACCGAUGGUGGUGAAACUUGGUCAACCCCAACAAGUGAAACCCAGCUCCCUGACCCAGGAAACAACGGAGCAAUUACAAGAAUGUAUCCAGAUGCGGCGCAGGGUUCAGCCGAUGCAAAGAUCCUCCUGUUUACCAAUGCAAACAGCAAGACAAGCCGAAGCAAUGGCACAAUCCGCUAUUCCUGUGAUGACGGAGAGACUUGGUCUUCUGGUGCAGUCUUUCAGUCAGGCUCAAUGGCCUAUUCUACAGUCACCGCGCUCGGCGACGACAGGUUCGGAAUAUUUUACGAGGGCGAUAGCAAUGACCUCGUCUAUAUCGAAGUUUCAAAGGAGUUCAUUGGUGUCUCGUGCUAA